CUUGUCCAUACACCGUUUAGAUUUCCCGGGAUACUCUGACUAACACGUGGCCGCAACGUCACAUGGAAAUCAGCACCUCGGACAGCGGCUUCUGCCAACGCGCAGCAAAACGGUGGAGCUUUUUGCUUUACCGAUAGACGGAGGAAGGAAUAAUCAUAAGAAAAUGAUUCGACAACAACAAUAUAGAUAAACACAUCUGUUUCAAUUCGGCUAGCAUGCAUUUCCAUGGCAGGAUCCUCCAGUUAUCAGAUUUCGAUGGAGGCACGUCUGCUGUCGGAAGCAAGUAUUCCAGCGCAACCAUGUAAAUUAACGUCUUAUUGUUAUUAAUUGAACUGGUGAAAUUAGUUAUUGGUAGUAAACGAACCCGUUAUUUGAUGGCAAAGUUUAACUGGCAUAGCGAAGUAAUCGCUUCGUUCGCCUAUUCUGGGGGGUUCUUCCCUGGCAUCUUCGUUCUUCCUGGUUUGUGUUGUGCAGGGAUCAUUGCAGAAAGAAUAAAAAAGCAGCAUGGAAAUUCAAUGGCAAAGUGAUGUGCGUUUUUCUACACAUUUUUGGUUUCUCGUCCGAUUCUGUUUAAAAUGCAAACACGUUGGAUAGUAGUGUCUCUCGGACUUGUGUGGAGGGGGAACAGUGUGGACGUAGCCUAUUCUCUAUCUAUCAGCCAGAAAAAAAACACGGUAAGGAAACAGGGGAAGAGAAAAACGGUGAUCUGAUGGCUAUAGCAUGCCAUUGAGGGACAAACAAGAGAGAUGAUUGCCAUCUCGUUUUAAUUUCAACUGGCCUUUUUUUGUAUGGACUAAACAGCUGAAAGCAACACCCCAAAAUGACUCGGUGGAAUUACUCAUGCCAUAGCAUUAAUAGAAUUGUAUAUUAUACCUGAGACUCCAAAGCUCCUCUGAACCCCUCUCAAUCUUGCUCCGCUCUUGUCUUGAAAUAGAAUAUCACAUUUUCGCUCAAAACCAUGUUAAAUGUUCCCCUUAAAUACAGCUCGCGUUAAAUUCAAGCUUUGGCAUUGUCCCAUGAGUGACUGGGUCGAAAAUGAACGUGAGGGGAUUCCGUUUGAUCUUAUUGCUGUUUGGAUAUGCUAAUCGCUCACACUGAAAGCUAUCAUGAUGGUUUUGUAUUGGCAUCCGUUGACUCCCGAAAAUAAACAGUCUCUGCCCAUCCAUUAAAAAACUUCCGCAUUGGCUAUCAUAGGCUACCCUUGGUAACAGAAAAAAUGUAUCAAGGAAUGAUACAAUCUAUUUACAUUGUCAUAUUUGGAUUUCUAUUGACCAAGAUUUGUGCCCGGCAGCCAUACUUUUUAUAGACACCUCUGAUAUUUUGUUUUGAUACCAUAGCUAGAGAAGGCUACUUGAAACAAAUAGCCUCGCACUUGGCAAUAAUAAUAAUAAUACUAACAAAGCCCCCUUUGGCUCCCAAAUCAUGCAAACUAAAUGCCUGAUUCAUCCAACUCCCUUUAUUGAUACCUUCUAUUUCACCCUACAGCUGCAUUUUGCCUAUGUGGGCUAGUUCAUGAUGUUUAAGUACCGGAUCCGUAUGUUUUUCAAUGAACUGAAAGUGCUGGUUUUCAUGCGGUCUGGCUCAAGACGGGAGACCGAUUCAGACACAGACACAGACAGGCGCACGAGCAGCAUGCGAGGGCUCGGGAUAGGAGGCUGCGGGUGGCCACGCUUCGACUGCUCUACUCGGGACGAUGAGGAGGAGUACUAUGGCACCGAUCCCCGGCCGCGCAGCCUGGCAUUCGAGGAGAAGGAUCAGAAGCUCCAAGCAGGCCUGGACGCGGUGUCGCUCACAAGCAGCUUGGACAGUGGCAUGCGCUCGCCGCAGUGCCGGAUCUGUUUCCAGGGCCCCGAACAGGGGGAGUUGCUGAGCCCGUGUCGCUGUGACGGCUCUGUGCGCUGUACUCACCAGCCCUGCCUCAUCCGCUGGAUCAGCGAGAGAGGCUCCUGGAGUUGUGAGCUCUGCUACUUCAAGUACCAGGUCCUGGCCAUCAGCACCAAGAACCCACUGCAGUGGCAAGCCAUCUCUCUGACAGUGAUAGAGAAGGUGCAGAUAGCAGCCAUCAUCCUGGGUUCUCUGUUCCUUAUCGCCAGCAUCUCCUGGCUGGUGUGGUCGUCCCUCAGCCCUUCGGCCAAGUGGCAGCGCCAGGACCUGCUCUUCCAGAUCUGCUAUGGCAUGUACGGCUUCAUGGACAUUGUGUGCAUAGGUCUUAUAAUUCACGAGGGAUCGUCUGUAUACCGGAUCUUUAAGCGCUGGCAGGCAGUGAACCAGCAGUGGAAAGUACUGAACUAUGAGAAAGACAAGGACCUGGGUGACCCCGUCAGCUCCAGCAGCAAGGGUGGGGGGCGUGGGGGUCGAAACCCUCCCCACAGUUCAGCCGGGGUGGACAGGGGAGGCCGGGCAGGCCAGCGUGUUAGGACUAUUCUCAACCACCACUGUGGCUACACCAUCCUGCACAUCCUCAGCCAGCUGAGGCCCAGCGAUGCACGCAUCAGCGCCACGGCCAACCGUGAGGUGGUCAUGAGGGUCACCACCGUAUGAGACCGGACUCUGCGGGUGGGAGGGAUUUGGACAACAGCCACCAACCCCCCUGAUCCACCUCCUUAAAACCCCCAAAUGACUCUCACCAUUCGCCCCUGGCCUUACCCCCCCCCCCCCCCCGGCAUAGACGCAGAGAUCCUGCUUCUGAUAACCCUCCUUUGAGACACGAGGGGAGGGAGAGCAGCACAGUUAGAGUGUUGUUGAAGUUACAGACACAGACUGUAGGACAAAACCAUUAAUAAAAAAAGACUAAAAGGAAAUGGCUUCGAUAAAAAAUGAAAAAAAAGCUGGAGGGCUUUCUUUCGCCAGGUGAAAUACACAAAGUAUUGUCAUUAUUCCUGUUCUUCUAUUUUCUGAAGAAAACCUCAAAGUAUUGUUACUUUAGAUUUUAUAAUCGAGAACAUGUUGAGGAAAAAUGGCAAGGGACAUUUUCUUACAUCUGCCCCCCAAACCCAUGCCACCAAUUUUGACCCACAUCUUCCCCUCCUCAACUCAACUCAUCCCUGUAUCCCCAUACCCUCCCCUUUCCUCUUUCUUUUUCUCCACAGUGUCUGUGAAAUACAUUCCCUGUCCACCUGUAACACCUAAACUAUCCCUUUGGCGCAAAGCAGACAUGGAACCCUCUAAAGGAUACAAGCAAAAAAGUGCAAUAAAACUAUUUAAAGAGACAUGACUGACACAUCUGAAUGAGAUUCCAACAUUACAAUUCAUCUUCUGCAAUAAAGAAACCUGUACAUGUCAUGGUGAAACCCUGUGUGACGUCACAGUUUUAUAUUGUGACAAUAUUUGGUAUCAAUAGUAUAUGUUGUCUUGUUUUCAUCAGUUACUGUGUGAAGUUCUGAGAUUUGUACCUUGGAAUAUUUGAAUAUGUUAAAGUUAACAAUAGAAGGUAGGUAAGCAUCAAUAAUUAGAGUUAAUCAACAGGAACAGAUUUAAAUGUUUCUUUAAUGGUUUGAAUAUAAUAUAAGCUAACUUCAAUCGACUGAAAUUGACAUGGAAUUAGCCCCAUCUGCCAAUGGGUAGGGUAAGGAUUCAAUUGCAGAAUGGCGUGUAUUAUAAUUUUGGCCUUUCACAACAGAAAUUGUGAAGCUUUGUGAACCCACUAUUACCAUUUUCUGGAUUCUGACUGUAGUUUACAGAAUGCAGGAGAGUACAAUGCUUAUGUGUUAGAGUGGACUACUUACACCCUCAUUGUUUGUGAAAAGUAAUUAUUUUCAAUUCAGUAAAUGCGGAGUAGGCCAACAGAUGGCGACAAAUGACCAAUAUAAAAUAUUGAUGGCCUUUGAUGGUCUAUGGGCAGCAAUUCAUGUUUUGAUAUCUUUAAAACAGAUUAAAACAGCCACAAUAAAAAGAACAUGCCCUUUAAGUUGAACCUUUUACUGCAGUGGGCUGAAUCAGGGUCACACCGAGUGAUUAUUGGUGGUCUUAAACAAAUCUACUUUACAACACCUCACACAUGGUUCUGGGCUUA